AUGUGCGCGGCGGAGGGCGAUUUCAUCAACAAGCCGUACGACGGCGUGAAGCAAGGGUACGUCUACAAGACAGGGGACCGCGGCGUGGGGUACUACAGGGACGACGCUCCGGCGAAGCCCCAGCCUCCCGUGCACGAUGACGCUGCCAGCGACGACGAGGAGGGCGACGUGGACCACGUGGCGGAGCGGCGGCGGCGCGAGGCGGAACGUCUCAAGGCCGAGGACGACGCGCUGGUCCAGGAGGACCCGAUCUUCUGGCACCGCAUGCCGGAGAACCCCGAGCGCAACCCGACGUACAGGGCGAUGAAGGAGCUGCAGGACGAGCUCACUCCGCGGGAGCGCGCGGAGGCCGCGAAGAAGGAAGGCAACACGAAGUUGCAGACGUAUUUGCGAUCGAAGAACCGGUUCUAUUUGAACGAGGCGGUGACCAUGUACACGAAGGGCGUGGAGGAGAAGGUCGAGGACGCGCAGCUGAACUGCCUGCUCCUCGCGAACCGCGCGCAGUGCCACCUUUACUUGGGCAACCACCGGCGCUGCGUCGAGGACGCCCGGAGGGCCAUCGGGCACGACGCGAAGUACAUCAAGGCGUAUUUCCGGGCCGCGCGGUCGCUGCUCGCGCUCGGGGAGCUCGAGGAGUGCGAGGCGGUGUGCGCAGCGGGGCUCGAUGUUGAGGACGCGCCGGAGCUGCGCGACAUCCGUUCGGCGGCGCAGCAGCGCCGGGCCGCCGCAGCGGAAAAGAAGCGGCGGGAGACAGAGGAGGCCGAGCGCAAGGCGCGACCGGCGCGCGCCCUCGCUGCGCUCCUCGCGCAACGCGGCUAUCGCUUCACGCUGCCGCAGUUUGCGGUCGGAGCGACGCGGCGGCCGUGGGCCGAGGACGCCGCGGGUGUGUCGGACCCCCCCGGCCCGCUGGACCCCGCGCAGUGCGUCGUGCACUUCCCGGGGGUGUUUAUGUACCCUGAGCGCGGUGCGCAGGACGCCGUGGAGGACAUGGAGGAGGGGGUGUCUGUCGGGGCGCACGUGGACGCGAUGCUGGACCCCGGGGCGCCGCCCGCGGCGUGGGACCCGGAGCGCGACUACCGGCCGGAGACGGUGGAGGUGUAUUACAUGGCGUACGCCGGGCGGGAGCUGAGUACCCCCGAGGUGGUCGAGGCGAUGCAGGGGCGGUGGCCCGACGCGGCCGGGGAGGCCGAGGCGAUGGGUGAGGCCGGGCCGCGGCGGUACGGGAAGCACGCGGCGCGGUGGGUGCGCGUCGACCUCGAGAAGCCCCUGGGGGGUGUGUUGCAGGAGGAGGGGUGUAUUGUGCCCGGCGUGCCAGUAUUCUUCGUGGUGCGGAAGGGCACGGAGUACCGGGACAAGUUCCUCGAUAGCGUCAACGCAUGA